AAACUAUGCUUGUCGCUCGUGAGGCUGAAAAUGCCAUGCCUUGGCCAUCCCACCUUCCUGCCGAAUCAGGAGCUGGCAGGCACGAAGGGAUACUUUAUUUGACUCUGGGCUUUCGACCUUAAAUAUGAGUUCUGCGUUACUUUUCGCUUUUGUAUUCUUUCUCUUUUUCAUGCUUUGAUAUCCAUAUCCAUAUACAUAUAUUAAUUUAUAUUCUAGAGUGAUACGACGAGAAACUUUGGAUUUGAGCAAUUCAAGAAGCUUAACGAUGGCUAUCGCAGAUAAAACUCAUAUUCCCGGUGGGAAGACCCCGUUACUUGGUCUUCGUAUUGCACAAUUGGUGCUUGCUAUUAUUAUACUUGGUCUCUCGGCUUAUGGAGUUUAUUGGCUUGUGUAUGAUGGAGAUGCACUCACCUUAGCUUCGGUAUUGCAUAUCCCAUUUUCUAUCCUUUCAAGCUAAAUGCUAACAUCAAUAUUCCUCAGUCCGUUAUCUCAAUCGUCAUCUGUAUCUAUGUUAUAGCAGCCAGCACCGGAGCACCUGCCAUAUAUAACUACUGGGCGGUACUCGGUCUCGACAUCGUCGCUGUGAUACUUUGGGUCGUAUCAUUCCCUGUCCUUGCCUCACAAAUCGCAACUGCUGUCACCUACGACUACGAUUACGAUGAUCAUAGUUGUGGAUACUAUUAUUAUUAUGCUUGUUCUUAUAAGCAUAAGCGUGAAUUAGGUGUCGAAAAGCGUGCAGAGACUACCUGGGAGACCUACAAGAGAAUAAUGAUUGCAACAGCUGCAUUGGCUGGUAUUCAGUUGUAAGUGUGAAGUGAAGCCAUUGAUUUAUGACUUCUUGCUAAUUUUAUGCAGUGUUCUUUUCGCAAUCACCCUCAUCAUUCUCGCCAUCAAUAUUCAUCGUCACCGUAAAGCUGGAGGUCAUUGCAUGCCAGGUUCUACAGCUCCUAGACAAAAUGAGGUUGAGCCGAAAACACAACACAAUACCACGGCGACUGUGGAGCAAAGCCAACCUGAGGUUUACCAACCACCAAUCUCUCACACCCACUAAGUGUAUUCACGAGACUGGUAUAUCAGGAUGAAGACAAAGGGAAGGAUUUGAAGGUAGAGAAGAAAUGCAUUACGGUGGAAUAUGGAGUCCUGGUUAAAGUGUUUGAGGAUACCCGAAUGUUUUCUUCGUUUGUAUAAUGUUAUGGACGAUUAUGAGUAAUAAGACUGUACGAGAGGAAAGGGUUGAAACUUGUAUGCAGCUUUCAAUAUGAUAUGGCUCCCAUGCCCAUCUCUGUACA